GCCACUCCCGGCGGGACGGGGCGGCCGAAGGGGCAAAACGCGGUCGCGAUGGGGAUUGGCUGUCGCCGCGGCAACAUGGCGGCGCCCGCGGAGCCGCGCUGAGCGGGAAGGAGGCGGCGGCGGUUCCUCCUCGCCGCGAUGUGGAGCGGCUGCCGCCGGCUGCUGUGGGGCCGCCCCCCGCCGGCCCGGUUCCCUCGACCGCCUCCUGCCGCUGCUGGGAGCGGCCCGGUGGGGCCGGGCGGGGGUCGGGCCUACGCCCCGCCGGCAGAGAGGAAGAGGUUUUACCAGAAUGUGAGCAUCUCUCAAGGAGAAGGAGGCUUCGAAAUAAACCUGGACCAUCGGAAACUGAAAACACCCCAGGCCAAGCUCUUCACUGUGCCCAGCGAGGCCUUGGCCAUUGCAGUGGCAACAGAGUGGGAUUCCCAGAAAGACACCAUCAAGUUCUACACCAUGCAUCUGACCACCCUGUGCAACACAGCACUGGACAAUCCCACGCAGCGGAACAAAACACAGCUGAUCCGUGCAGCUGUGAAGUUCCUGGAGACCGACACUGUCUGCUAUCGUGUGGAGGAGCCGGCUGCUUUGGCAGAGCUGCAGAAGAAUGAGUGGGAUCCCAUUGUCGCCUGGGCUGAGAAAAGGUACAAUGUGGCAAUUGGCUCCUCAACCAGCAUCCUGGGGCCAAACAUCCCCGCCAGCACCAAGGAGACCUUCAUCAGCCAUCUGGCGUCCUACAACAUGUGGGCCCUGCAAGGUAUAGAAUAUGUAAUCACCCAGCUGAAAUCUCUGAUUCUGUCCAUGGGUCUGAUUGACAGGCACAUUACAGUCGAGAAAGCCGUGCUUCUGUCUCGUCUGGAGGAAGAAUACCAGAUUCAGCGCUGGGGCAACGUGGAGUGGGCCCACGACUAUGAUCUGUGCGAGCUGCGUGCUCGCACAGCAGCUGGGACUCUCUUUGUUCACCUCUGUUCAGAGAGCUCGACUGUAAAACACAAGCUGUUGCAGGACUGAGGCUGCUGGGCUGGGCACAGGCGGAAAAUGCCAGGCUGUGAAUUGCUGGUGUGACCCAGGGGCUGGUAACCACCCUCCUGCCACUGCUCCUUCCCCGCGAUCAGCCUUGUGCUGAGCGACUGUGACUUUUGUGGGCAGCUCCUCACUCGGGCCGCCUGCCGCAGCGCUGCGCCAGCAGUUUUGAGCCCACAAGGAGAAAAGGUCAAGGUGAGCUUCUUCUGCAUCCCCAAGACAGCAGCUCUGACUGUCACCGAUGUCUGUAACUCAUCAGAGGAGCUCCCACGAAAGAAACGCCUUCCCGGGCAGGGCACGGCACAGACAUACCCAGCAUAUGCCACAUGUCUUCAUAGCUGCCAGCUCCUGACACACACUUGUUAUGGAAAUCUGAAAACAGACUCCAUUGCAUCUGUUCUUCAUCCCUCAGCGUGCCUGUAUGUAACACCAGGGUCUCUGAUUAAAGGCACGCCCCUGCUCGAUACCGAAA